AUGAUGCGAGCUCGAUUUUAUCCAUCUAUUCGACCAUUAUACUCUAAAAUUAAUAUUGAAUUACAUGACGAUAUUCAUGCGAUCGAUAUACAUCGGAGAUGCAAGGUCCUUUCGUCCCAGUUGCGGGCAUCCUCGAGCUGGCAAAAGCACACAGUCACAGACCACUCGCUUCCAACUUCGUUCGGCCACAGCAAAGAAGAAAACGCCGGCAAGCUACACCAUAUAUUAACAACAACCGAUGCUCUCAUCAACUGGGCCCGCCAAGGCUCCCUUUGGCCCCUCGCCUUCGGCCUUGCCUGCUGUGGCGUCGAGAUGAUGGCUGCGUCAAUGCCACGGUAUGACCAAGACCGACAGGGAAUUAUCUUCCGCGCGUCGCCCCGGCAAGCUGAUGUCAUGAUCGUUGCUGGGACAGUGACCAACAAGAUGGCACCGGCGUUGCGCCAGUUGUACGAUCAGAUGCCCGAUCCGAAGUGGGUGAUUAGCAUGGGAAGUUGUGCAAAUGGGGGCGGGUAUUAUCAUCAUUCGUAUAGUGUUGUCCGGGGUGUGGAUCGGUUAGUUCCGGUGGAUAUCUAUGUGCCUGGCUGUCCACCGACGCCAGAGGCCCUUCUAUAUGCCGUUUUCCAAUUGCAGAGGAAGAUGAGGGGCACAAAGGUGACGAGGAUGUGGUAUCGCAAGUAG